AGAGGGGCGGGCUUAAGUAGUGUACGCCACGUGCUUUGUGUGUGAGCUGUAGUCAACAGUCAGAGCUAAUGCUAAUAGAACUUUGGCGAAAUGGUUCGGAAAUUGAAGUUUCACGAGCAGAAGCUCCUGAAGAAAGUUGAUUUUAUUAACUGGGAGGUGGAUAACAACCUACACGAGGUUAAAGUGUUGCGGAGAUAUCACAUCGAGAAACGAGAGGACUACACCAAGUACAACAAACUGAGCCGAGAAGUCAGGGAGCUGGCACGGAAGAUCCGGGACCUGGACGAGAAAGAUGGCUUUCGCUCUCAGAGCACCUCCGUUCUACUGGAGAAACUAUACAGUGUGGGUAUCAUUCCCACGAAGCAGAGCUUGGCUCUCACUGAGAAGGUCACGGCCUCCUCCUUCUGCAGGAGGCGUCUGCCCACCAUCAUGGUGAGUCUGCGGAUGGCUCAGAACCUAAAGACGGCCAUCACCUUCAUCGAACAAGGCCAUGUACGAGUCGGACCGGAGAUAAUCACAGACCCGGCUUUCCUAGUCACCAGAAAUAUGGAGGACUUUGUGACCUGGGUUGACUCCUCCAAGAUCAAACAGCAUGUGAUGAAUUACAAUGAAGAGAGGGAUGACUUUGACCUUGUGGUGUAGAUGUGUGUGGAGGGACUUGUCGUUCGGUCCAUAUUCCAAGGACACCGCAAUAAUUGAGAACAAGACUGUGUGUGCGCGCAUGACUAAGAACUGGUGUACAUUAAUGUAUGUUCCUGCUUGUAUUUUGUAAGAAGAUUCCUUGGGUCCACACUGAAAAAAAGUUCACUUUAUUAGGCAGGAAUUAAGUGUUCAGUUGUUUGUAUAUGGGAGUUUUUAUGCGAUUUCUUAUUAAAGUCCACAUAAUUAUU